GCUUGCCCCUUUAACACAAAUGAACAUUUCAAUAUUUCUUAGCUCAACACUAGUUUAGUUCAUAAAUAGCUCCAAUAGCAAGGUUUUGAAAAUUGGAUCGGACCGGAUGGUUGGAUCGAUUGAACUGGUACCCGAUGAUUUAAACGGUUCGGUUACAUUUUUUGAACCGUUUAAACGGUUAAAUCGUUUGAAACCGCUCGAACCGAUGAACCGUUUGAAACUGCUCAAACCGUUCAACCGGAUGGUUCAAUGCUUGGGCAUAAAAUCUUGAGAAAUUUGUGUCCGCCGGGAUUUGAACUUGCAACCUUAGAGUCUUUGGGUUGAUCUUUUGCCACCGAGACAAUGUAAUGCUUUAGUCAAUGAGUGCUUGGACUUUUAUUUAACCCAUAUAAAUCCCAAAGAUUUUAACCUUAUUACUGAUUACAAGCUUGAGAUUCGAACACUUGGUCUCCAUGUUGUAUAACAACGGUUUUUCCACUUGUACACAAUGUUCUUUUGUCAUUUUAAUGCUUUACAAUAUACUUAUUCUACUUUG